AUGGCCGACGACGAUAGGAGCACUCGGCUUCUCGCGUCGACUUGGUCGUUGGCGGGAGCAAGCGCCAUCCUGCUGUUCCUCCGCAUCUACUGCAAGAUAUGGCGAGGCAGGGGCCUGUGGUGGGAUGAUCAUAUGUUGAUUGUGGCCUGGACGACCUUGGCGAUUUCCGUGUCCAUCAACUCUUACAUCGUCUCUCUCGGCUUCGGCCGCCACAUCUGGACCAUCAGCGACGACAACAAGAAGGAGAUCAACCUCUUCACGAUCCUCGUCGCCACCUUCGGCAUCAUCGCGACGACCACGAGCAAGACCUCCUUCGCCCUCACGCUCUACCGGAUCGUCACGCAGGCCUGGAUGAAGUACCUCCUGAUCUUCAUCAUCGUGACCAUCAACGUGUCGAUGAACCUGGUGUGGAUGUUCGGGUUCGCCAAGUGCACGCCGCUGGCAAAGGUCUGGGACGCCAGCGUCCCCGGGAGUUGCUGGGACAGGAGGAAACUCCUCAAGUUCCAGCUGUUCGCUGCGUAUUAUUCCGCCAUAUUAGACUUCGUUUUGGCAUUCCUCCCCUGGCCGAUCCUGAUGGGGGCCACGAUGAGGCGCCGCGAGAGGCUCGGAGUCGCCGUGGCAAUGAGCCUGGGUGCGAUUGCGGGAGCCUGCGGAAUCGUGAAGGCAGUGUUGGUGGUAGCGAUGACCAGUACGGACAUCACGUACGACCGCGUAGACCUGACGAUCUGGACCUUGACGGAACCCGCCGCCUCCAUCAUGGCAAUCUCGAUCCCUGUCUUGAGGAUGCUCUACCGCGAGUUGAAGUCCACGCAGCGAAGCUACGCACGGAACAAGUCGCAGUCGCACGCGCUCGAGACGGGGAAGACGAGAACGAAGCGGUACGGGAACAGCACACACUACGGGAGGAACUCGGUCGUCGUCAUGUCGACGUCGGGGUGGCAGGAGUCCCAAGAGGCGCUGCAGGACGAGAGCGGCCAGGUUACGCCCCGCGGCAUCAUGAAGACGGAGGAGGUGAGGGUGCGCCACGAGACGUUGCCGGCCGGGACGAGGCAGAAGAACUCCAUAGAGCUCGAUUCCUUGAAUUAG